CGUAGUACGAUUAGUAAAUGCGCCCGUCUCACCGUCUGUCACAUCAGCUGCAACGCUGGCAGGAGACUAGGGACAUUAAAAUUAAUAGACGCCCGUGUUUACCUUCAUUUAUUUAGGAAGGUAGGAAACGAACGAACUCCUAAAACACAUUGACCUGUGUUGAUUCUGUCACAUUUGUAACUGCUGUUAACUCAAGAGGAGACAAUGCUUCAGUGUAUGUCGGGAAGUUCGUGUAUGCGUGUGGUAGACGGGUACAAGUCUACGUGGUAUUUCUUGAUUUUGGUUGUAUCGUACGUUUUAUAUUUGAUAUUCGGAGCGCUUGUGUUUUCCGCGGUGGAGCUGCCAUAUGAGGAGCAGCUUCGACAACAGCUCCGGACCGAGAAACAGCAGUUUUUACAGGAUAACGAAUGUGUGUCCGAAGAAAAACUUGAGGAGUUUUUAUUGAGAGCUUUGGAGGCGAGUAACUACGGUGUGUCGGUUUUACAAAAUGCUACUAUUAACUGGAACUGGGAUUUCACAUCGUCGUUGUUCUUCACCAGCACGGUGCUUACCACCACAGGGUAUGGCCACACCGCGCCUCUGUCAGAUGGGGGUAAAGCCUUCUGCAUCAUUUUCUCAGUGGUGGGAAUCCCAUUCACACUUCUGUUCCUGACUGCAGUGGUCCAAAGGAUCAUGGAGUUCAGUACCCGCAGGCCCGUGGAGUAUCUGCACCGGCGCUGGGGCAUGUCUAAGCCUCUGCUGGCAGCCAUGCACGCUUCCCUGUUAGCUAUUAUUAUUGUGUCCUGUUUCUUCCUCAUACCCGCCAUCAUCUUCUCAGUCCUGGAGGAAGACUGGAAUUUCCUGGAGUCUUUCUAUUUUUGCUUCAUCUCUCUAAGUACCAUUGGUUUGGGCGACUAUGUACCGGGAGAGGGCUACCACCAGAAGUUCAGAGAACUCUAUAAAUUGGGCAUUACUCUCUACUUGAUAUUGGGUUUGAUCGCUAUGUUGGUGGUUCUGGAAACCUUCUGUGAGCUGCAGCAGAUGAAGAAACUCAGGAAGAUGUUCUACCUGAGAAAGCAGAAGACCGAGGACGAGCUUAACAUCGUGGAUCACGAUCACCUCUCUUUCGCCUCUGUGUCUGACCAGGCAGCCUCUAUUAAAGAAGAUAAGAGCGAUCUGUUUCCUGACGAUGUGAUCAAUGCUUCUCCCACCCUUGAUAAUGGACAAAUGGACAGAUGAGAUUCUCUGAAUAGAUCUGUUAUCUGUGAAUAUUGAACCCUCUGAGGCACAACACAAUUGUCAUAUUUCUCAACUUAGGGCAUAAAUACUGUUAAAUACUAUAUGUCACAAUACUCAAAUAAAAAAAACUACAGUACUAUAGAUAUAGAUACUUGAAAUACAGGUUGAAGUUAUUUUAAAAUGGAAAAAGUGUAACUUGAAGAACAUAUAACUUGUCAGAACAGCUACUGAUAUGAAAAAUAUCAGAUGGUAACGUGGUUAUGUGGCCAUAGACUUGCUUUACAUAAUACUCUUCAUACUAGGUGGCUUAAAAGGGAAGGAUAUCCUGUAAUUUUAAUGCAAAUCAUGCCUUCAAGUAUAUCUUUAUCACUAUUAGUUAGUCAUCGCCAAACUGCAUUAUAUUUUGUAAUAUACAGGGGCAGGUCCCUGGUUAAUUUCUUUGUAAGUCUACAUUCCUUUAAUUACGUAAAUAAAACAUAAAGGGUGUUUAAGAUAUAUUUAUGUUUAUUUUCUCAGAUUUAGUAGAGGGAUUCAGACAAUCAAAAAUUAAAAUACUAUCUCUGGAAGGGAUUUUCUCCGCCUUUUCAAGCCAUUUUGGCUCUUGGGGUUCAUGUUUUUUUUAGACAGGAACAGUUGUCCUCCAUAAGGGAGAGAUAUUGAGCAUUGAGUGUUCUUGCUGCUGUGUUGUAAGGAGGGAGUCACAUUUGUGAAUCUGAAUAUUCUUAUGAUUGACUGGGUAUUGCUAAAGGAAUUACAUUAUUUUUUUAAAUAAUUAGUUUAUUGUUAUAAUUUGUUAUGAGAUGCACUUUAACGAAAUAAACUGGACGUUUUUUGUUUUA